CCGACCGGUGUCUCUCAGUCCUGAGACUGGAGCGCAGUUUAGCGGAGUUGCUCCGUAGAGUAAAAUGGUCAAUCUCGGGGUGACGAAGGUCGACGAUGCUGUCGCUUCCAAACAUCCGGGCUUACAGCAGUAUGCCGCCUGUCAGUCUGCAGCCUUCAUGAAGGGAACAGGCACCUUCAUCCUGGGCACUGCGGGAUUCUUUGCCACGCAGAAAGUGCUUCAGAAGAGGCUCCCGUAUCCGCUUCAGUGGAACCUGCUGCUCUCAGUUGUGGCUGGCUCGCUGUGCAGCUAUGCAGUGACGCGCUCGGAGACCCAGAGGUGCUCUGACUUGUGGGUGUACCUGGAGACGAGCAACUACCCAGGCAGAGCAGCACCCAACGUAGAAGAAACCCCUUCAACCGCCUCGCCUCCUGGCCCUAAAACAACGCAAUAUGGAGACGUCAUGGAGUGAUGGCAGAUGAACGGCUAACGCACCUACAAAUCGCUCUUUCUCCUCUCCGCAAACACUACACGAUAAUCUGAUCACUUGUUACGAACAGGAACAUGGUACUUUUUUUAAUUUUUGAGGAGGAAUGUGUAAUACUGGGAAACUCCUUAAACUGCCGUACAACUGGUGCAGGAGGAGUCACUUUGAAAAACAGUGAUUUGAUGUGGAUUCGCACCUUUGGGUUUGGAACAGCAGUAGGGCUCAAGUUUCUCUGAGCAAAUAGAUCCCCAGCAAAUGGCGUAUCCGUAGGUGUAACAAGGCGGGGUUGGGCAAAAGGAUGUCUUCACCCUGUAUUCAAGCAAGUUUUGUUUGUCCCCCCAGUAUUUGUGUACAACUCCUGUAAGAGUUAUUCAUCUUUUUUGACCCCCAUUACAAACAAGUCGUUAUACAAGUAUAUAAACCAACAGUUUUGGCUCCUCAUAUUAAAGAUUUGUGCAGUCUGUAUUUUUGCCAGAAUGAAUUAUUUAUACCUAAUUGCAAUUACUGAUAGAUUACAGUUUUCCAGUUACUACUCCAUAAACUUUCUAAACAUUUUAACUAG